UAAAAAAUAUAUAAUUUUGCCUGGUCUAAAGAGCAGUCAAGCAUACAAAUAUCUCUAUUGGAUGAUGAUUCUUCCCAACAACAACAAAGAUACUAUAUAAGUUAGCGAAGGUAAGAAUGGCUACAGGCUAGGAGAUGGUUUCUGUGAUGGGCUUGAUCAGCAUUAUCCUAUUUACACUGCUGAUAAAGAGCAAGUCAGAGGAACAGGCAUGCAGACUGAUAGGGCAAACAGGCUAUUUGGAGUUUUCCAAAGAUGGUGAUAUUAUUAUAGGAGGAAUAUUCUCCCUAAAUGCAUCUCGAGUAACAGAGAAUAAUGGCUACCAUGCAUACCCCACUUCAUUUUGCACAAGGCUGAAUCCCAGAGAGUUGCUGUUUGCCCGUGCCGUCAUCUUCACUGUGGAGGAGAUCAACAAAAACCCAACCCUGCUCAAUGGAGUGACGCUAGGCUACAGGCUCUAUAACGGCUGUGGGAGUCAGAGCCUAGUAAGAGCAGCCCUUGAGGCUGUUACAGAAGGGGAAAGCUGCCGAAAAAGAGUCCAGGCAUUGAUUGGUCACUCAUCUUCUGGUAUUAGCAAAGCUAUAAACCUUAUAGUGGGAGAGCUGGACAUUCCUCAAAUCAGCCACCUUUCUACUUGUGCCUGUUUAAGUGAUAAACGUAUAUAUCCAACAUUUUUUAGGACUGUUCCCAGUGAUCAGUUUCAAAUUACUGCUUUGGUACAGCUCAUGAAACAUUUUGGCUGGCAGUGGGUAGGAAUAAUUAAAAGUGCUGAGGUAUAUGCAUCUGAUGGUGUAGCUGAGUUCAUUAAGCAAGGAAAAGCUGAGGGUAUCUGUGUGGAAUAUGUGAUUUUCUACAGAAGGUCAAAUACUAAGAUAGAACAUAAAGUAAUUAAGCAACUGAAAGCCUCUACAUCAAGCGUAGUCCUGCUAUUCAUGUCAUUAUCCUACACGAGAGAGUUAUUUAAAAAAGUAGACGGGAAUAAGUUACCUCGUAAACAAUGGAUAGGUAGUGAAGCUUGGAUCUCACAGGUAGAUUUGGCUUCCCUUGGAAGUAAGAACAUCUUACAUGGGGCAAUGGGGUUUGCCCUGCCUCAGUCUAUUAUUCCAGGUCUUCUUGAGUUUAUACUGAGCCUGAAACUGAGUGAUGAACCAGAGAGUGUUAUGAUCAAAGCUUUUUGGGAAGGUUUCUUUGACUGCAGCUUCACUCCAUCAAAUACCACAAAGCUCUGUAGUGGGGAUGAGGAUCUGAGAACAAUCACUAGUGCCUACACAAACACAGAAUUAAGAUCGGUGAGAAAUGUGUACACAGCUGUGUACUCGAUUGCACAUGCUCUUCAUGCGAUAUUGCAAUGUGAAAAUGGAUUAAAUCCCACCACAGGAAAACACUGUGUAAGCAAGACUGAUGUCCAGCCCAAACAGGUUCUGGAACAACUGAAGCUGGUGGAUUUUACCGUACUGAAUGGUUACAAGGUAUCUUUUGAUGAAAACGGAGAAAGUGGGGCACAGUAUGACUUGUUAAAUUGGCAGUACAAAGAUGAUGACUCUGUGAAUGUCAUUACAAUUGGCCACUAUGAUAGCUCUUUGCCUGAAGGACAGAGAUUCAGGUUUACACAAAACACAACAAUCGUAUGGGCCCUUCAGAGCACUGAGGUAAAAUAUAUCUGACAACUAAAAGUAAAAAAAUCAUUUCAGUGACUUCAUUCCUCAGAAUGUCUACUACUGAUAUCAUUUGAUUGUGCAACAUACUCAUAUUUGUAUAACUCAUGUCUCUGUUAGCCUCCAAAAUCUGUUUGCCGCGAUGCAUGUCCUGUGGGAAGUCGCAAGGCCGUUAAUAAACAAGCGCCUGUGUGCUGCUUUGAUUGCUUUGAAUGCCCAGAGGGAGGCAUA